AUGUUUCCAAGGAUAAUGCUGAAAGAUGGUCAAAUCAUAUCAAAUCAGUCAAAUCACAUAACAGAAAACAAAAAAAUUAAUUUAAUGAUACAACCUGCAUCAAACGAACUCUCAGACAAUUUAGGAAUGCCUCAAGGAACUAUUUUAUCACCUACUUUAAAAACAAAGAAAACUUUAUAA